AUGUGGCUGUGGGAGCCUGGGGACCUCCGGGUCUCCUGGGGUGACUUGGAUUCAGGGCUGACUAAGAAGAGAACCAAAGUCCAGAAGAAGUCACUGCUUCUCAAGAAACCCCUUCGGGUUGACCUCAUCCUCGAGAACACAUCCAAAGUCCCUGCCCCCAAAGAGCCGCCACCUCACCUGCUGCACUUGUGCCACCUCUCCCCGACCAGCGUCCUUGCCCACCAGGUUCCUAACGCCAAGAAGCUCAGGCGGAAGGAGCAGCUAUGGGAGAAGCUGGCCAAGCAGGGCGAGCUGCCCCGGGAGGUGCGCAGGGCCCAGGCCCGGCUCCUCAACCCUCCUGCAGCCAGGACCAAGCCCGGGCCCCAGGACACCGUGGAGCGGCCUUUCUACGACCUCUGGGCCUCAGACAACCCCCUGGACAGGCCGUUGAUUGGCCAGGAUGAGUUUUUCCUGGAGCAGACCAAGAAGAAAGGAGUGAAGCGGCCACCACGCCUGCACACCAAGCCGUCCCAGGCCCCCGCCGUGGAGGUGGCGCCUGCCGGAGCUUCCUACAACCCGUCGUUUGAAGACCACCAGGUACACCACCCCGACCAGGCCUCCCUCCUCAGCGGGCUCUGCCUCUCGGCGGGGCUCUGGGCUGGGGUGGGACGCGGGUCCCUGGCGCUUCUGUUUGACGGCACUCGCCUGGACCCUGACCCUGCCCCGUCUCCACAGCGGGUACAGCAGGCCGCGUUGCGGGCCGCCCGGCUCCGGCACCAGGAGCUGUUCCGGCUGCGCGGGAUCAAGGCCCAGGUGGCCCUGAGGCUGGCGGAGCUGGCGCGGCGGCGGAGGCAGCGGCAGGCGCGGCGGGAGGCUGAGGCUGACAAGCCCCGAAGGCUGGGGCGGCUCAAGUACCAGGCACCCGACAUUGAUGUGCAGCUGAGCUCGGAGCUGACAGACUCGCUCAGGACCCUGAAGCCCGAGGGCAACAUCCUUCGCGACCGGUUCAAGAGCUUCCAGAGGAGGAACAUGAUCGAGCCUCGAGAGAGAGCCAAGUUCAAACGCAAGUACAAGGUGAAGCUGGUGGAGAAGCGGGCGUUCCGUGAGAUCCAGUUGUAGCUGCCAUCGGAUGCUGGAGCCCCGCCCUUCAAUAAAAAGUCCCUUUUAGC